AUGCAGAAUGAGACUUUGGCAAAGAUCUUUAUGCAAACAGUGCUGAAGAAGCCAGUGCGUAGAAAGAUAUAUGAGAAAAGAAAUGUUCUCUUAAAGCAAAACAACUCAGAAGGGCUUGUAUCCAUAAAAGCAUUUGUGUGCUCUUUUAUAAUAGGCUUUAUUUCUACAUAUUUUAUAGUCUGCUGGAUAAAGGGAAGUGAGCUUCCAUAUUGA